UGAUUGGUUGAUCAGAGGUCGAGUUCUUGCCCAUUGGUAGAAAUCUGUUCCGUCACCAAACUUUAUCAGCGAAAGCCACGCCCCGCCUGUUUUACAGACCGACUCGGGGAGCUGCGGGGGAAGCGAGAGACGAGAAUGCCGGAGAUUAAUUGGAAGGCUUUGGAUAAUUUUCCUCUGCUCUUAUACAUUCUAGCAGCAAAAACAAUCCUGCUAUGCCUGGCAUUUGCUGGGGUUAAGAUAUACCAGAGUAAGAAGUUGGAAGCAACGUUAAAGCUGGAGCGAGAAGCCAGACUGAGAAGGGCAGCCGAGAAAGAGGAAAUGACAGAGGAAGAGGAAAUGAGAGAGGAAGAGGGAAUGGCAGAAAAAGCGGAAAUGGACAAGAAAGACGACUAAGGUUUUCCUCUACAUACAAGGACGAGCCAAGUCGCUGGAAACGUGUUGCAACGGAUCAUGGAUAAAAAGACAAGUUUUGAUAGACUUUUAAAUUAUAUGUUUAUAUCAUUUUAAUAUUUUGUUUGCUUUGUACAUAAUAAACCUUGACGGCUUAAAGGUG